UCGCAUAUAUAAACCCUACUCUUCACUCGUGAUCUCACACACACUGUGUAGCAAUGGCGAUUCGGAGGUUAAACCCUAAAUCUCUUUCAUUUCUCUCUCUACUGCUACUGUUCUCGAUCGCUUCUGCUAAAGUGUUCUUUGAGGAACGAUUUGAAGAUGGAUGGGAGAACAGGUGGGUUAAAUCUGACUGGAAGAAAGAUGAGAACAUGGCAGGAGAGUGGAACUACACUUCUGGCAAAUGGAAUGGUGAUGCCAAUGAUAAAGGUAUUCAGACAAGUGAAGACUACAGGUUUUAUGCCAUUUCAGCUGAGUACCCUGAAUUCAGCAACAAGGAUAAGACACUAGUCUUCCAGUUUUCUGUCAAGCACGAGCAGAAGCUUGAUUGCGGUGGCGGCUACAUGAAACUGCUUAGCGGUGAUGUGGACCAAAAGAAAUUCGGUGGUGAUACCCCAUACAGCAUCAUGUUUGGACCUGAUAUCUGUGGGUAUGCCACAAAGAAGGUUCAUGCAAUCCUCACAUACAACGGGGAAAAUAAGUUGAUCAAGAAAGAUGUUCCUUGUGAAACCGACCAGCUCUCGCAUGUUUAUACCUUUGUCCUCCGCCCCGAUGCUACUUACAGUAUCUUAAUCGAUAAUGUUGAGAAGCAAACAGGAAGCUUGUACAGUGAUUGGGAUCUUCUCCCACCAAAGCAGAUUAAGGACCCCGAGGCCAAAAAGCCUGAAGAUUGGGAUGAGAAGGAGUUCAUCCCUGACCCUGAAGACAAGAAACCUGAGGGUUAUGAUGACAUCCCAAAGGAGAUCGCAGACCCAGAUGCCAAAAAGCCAGAAGAUUGGGACGAUGAGGAAGAUGGUGAAUGGACUGUCCCGACUAUUCCAAACCCCGAGUACAAGGGUCCAUGGAAGGCAAAGAAAAUCAAGAACCCGAACUACAAAGGGAAGUGGAAGGCACCCAUGAUCGACAACCCAGAUUUUAAGGAUGACCCUGAUCUGUAUGUCUUCCCCAAGUUGAAGUAUGUCGGCAUAGAGCUGUGGCAGGUGAAAUCUGGCACAUUGUUUGACAAUGUCUUGAUCUGCGAUGACCCUGAAUACGCCAAACAAGUCGCAGAAGAAACAUGGGGCAAACAAAAAGACGCUGAGAAGGCAGCAUUUGAAGAGCUAGAAAAGAAGAGGGAAGAGGAGGAAACCAAGGAUGACCCAGUUGAUUCUGAUGCUGAGGAUAAUGAUGAUGCUGAGGCAGAAGAAGAGGAUGAGGCCGAAGAAAGUGACGUCAAGGAUGAGCUAUAGAGAAGAGGGGUUGGAGUCUGAGAGCAGUUAGAAUUUGAAGAUUUUUUUUCUUAUUUCAAGACUUCUAAUUUGAAACCCUUUUUAAUAGAUAGAUAAUGAGAAAUGUAAUGCAGAAUUUCUGCCCCUCAUUUUAAUUGCUUUCAUUGGAAACUAUUAAAAAGAAGUGGGAGUUUGUGUGUUUUUGUUA